AUGCUGAAGAGCGACAAUGAUGAUGCUGCCGCACCAGUAGAUCAAGAGCACGAUGAUGAUCAAGACGCAGUCGUCACCAGCACUACAAAGCCUUCAAGUCCUCCUGUUGCUACUGUCGCGUUUCCUCCUCACUUGGUCGACGCCAACGAGAAUGCCUCUAUCGCGGGCCGCUCGGGAAUCUCUUCGCUGACGUCACUUGCGGAAAUGUACCAUAAUCACCAUUUGUACCCGAACGUUCCAGUAGAGUUGCUAGCAGAGGAUGCUGCGGACAGUGUAAUGAGUUUUCCAACUGGUACCGGUACGAGUGCUGGCACAGCCACUACCUCUGGCCUUACUCCAAUUGCAAGUCAUGCACCUCUGCCUCUUCCAACCACCAACAGCUUGGUUAUCAAUAGCAGCAUAAGGGCAAUUACAAAACACUCAGGAGAGCCAGCAGAGUUGGAGGCACUCCAAGAUAGAAUUGCCAAAAAGAUCAUUGCUGAUGAACCUACAGUGUAUAGAAGAGCCAGUGGAACUGGUGGUACCAGUACUACACUCAAAGACACACCAAGCAGUCCUGAUGGACCACUUAUGCAUAGUCCUGAUGGUACAGGAGCCCGUAUACAUACUUGCACCUCACAGAGACCACACAAGCUUGGAGGUACCGGUAGCUAUGAAGUGCCUGCUAACUUGGAGGACUUGCAUGUUCUUGAUGUGGGUACAGAAUGUGCAGACGCAUGUGCAUCUUCCAGUGCCACAGAAAGGGACAAGAUCAAGAAUCCAGAGGUUGAUGAUGCAAGCCCACCAGACACCACCACCAGCAGCAACAGAGACGACGGUUUAUCAGGUAAUAUUCUAACCAAUUCGGAUUCGGAUGCUCCAACCCAAGUUCAGAUUCCAGGAGCCUACGCCGAAGCAGGAUCCUCCAACGCUCCACAAGCCAUGUCAUCGUCGUCCCAAUCAGAAUCUCGACGGCUCCAGGCAACUGCUCCACAAACAACAUUGGCGUCUCAAGACCCAUCUCCAGAUGACUCUGGGCUGGUACGAGCAUCGCUGGUGCAGGAAGACGAACGUUCACAUUUGCCCGUCGCACAAAUCAUGGAAGCUUCAGCCUCUGCCUCUGGUGGCUCCACUGUCCAACAGCAAUCACAGGAUGGUUGCAAGCCAUGCCCACGCGGCAUGAGCAAGGAAGCAAAAGUAUUCCUCAUUGUCAUUGGCUUUCUUUUGGCAAUAUUGGUGGUCGUGGUGGCGGUCGCCGUAGCUGUUCGAGAUCGGAAACAAAGCAGCCACGUGGACCCUGCGGCAGGCCGAGAAACUGCAAUCAAGAAUCGCAUUGCCGCUGCAUUGUACGGAAGCAGCUACAAUCAAACCCAACAGUCCCAGCUCUUCUCAUCCAGAAGUGAUCAAGCUAGGGCGCUCCAAUGGAUAGUCCAUCACGAUCCCAUGCACUUGUCCCCAGAUGCCAAUCACUUGCUCCAGCGGUACUUCUUGGCAUACUUCUACCAUGCCACCACGCAACAAUGGCCCUGGACUUCCUGCAAUGAUCCGCAAGGGGACGAACCGCAAAGCAACCACGAAAGCCAUUUGUGCUUUUAUUUGCAAUACGUGGGAGAUGGGACAUAUAUCCCUGACUACACACACAGGCCACAGGACUUUGAAGAGACCAUCGCCAACAGCUGGCUAUCGCCAUCCCACGAAUGUCAAUGGGCAGGAGUUUUUUGCAACGACGCCAACAACCGCAGCAAGACUGACUCCCUUAGCCAUGAGAAAGCUGUCACCGAUAUCAGACUCGACAACAUGAACUUGACGGGGACCUUGCCAGAAGCGAGGGAGUGGGGUUUGGUGCCAGAGUUGCGGGCUCUCUCAGUCACCUACAAUGGUUUGACUGGCACGCUGCCAGAGAGCUUUUACUCCUUGACCCACUUGAACCUUCAAAAUAACCAGUUGACGGGAGCAAUACCCAUCACAUGGUGGGCGCCACCGCAUACUAAUUCACAACAGCAAAAAGACGACGACGGCGCAGAAGAAGAACAAUCUCGUUUGGAGUAUGUCAACGUGGAAUUCAAUCGUCUAAAAUGGGGACAAAUCCCAACCGAGAUCGGGCUCCUUAGCCAGUCGCUCCGAUAUCUCCUGGUAUCGGGCACGGGCAUCAAUGGCACGCUACCGGAGGAGAUCUAUCAGCUGACCAACUUGGUAUUUCUUUUUCUUCGUUUGAACGACGGGAUAACCGGUACUAUUUCGUCAUCACUGGGUAUGCUGUCCAAUUUGGAAGUAAUCACUCUCAUGGGGGACACAAACAUGGGCGGCACCCUCCCAUCCGAAAUUGGCCUUUUGACUAAGGUAGUGGAGUUCGAUACAUGGGGGGCAGGGUUGCAGGGGACGAUACCGGAAGAGCUUUACUCCCCAAACAUGAACAUCAAUGCUUUGAUCUUAGGCCAAAACAACUAUUCGGGAACUAUAAGUAGCCACAUGGCAAAGCUACCUCGGCUGAGUUAUAUUCUCUUGUCAGGCAAUACCCUAAUGUCUGGCACAGUUCCGUCGGAACUGGGAUUGAUGACUGAGCUGGUUAGGGUUGACAUCGAUGGGACGUCUAUUUCUGGUGUUAUACCGGAUGAAGUUUGCGCACUCAGAGGUGACAGGAAGCUCUCCAAAGUCAAGGCCGACUGCCUGGCAAACAGCAACGACAGCAACAGCACGGAGGAGCCAUUCAUCCCGACAGUGUGUCCCGACGGAUGCUGCACGAAAUGCUGCCAACGAGAUACUGGGGAAUGUGUCAAAACGGGGUACUGA